AUCAACUGACUAUUAAAUCGAUAAACGUAAAAACAAAAAAUAAACCUUUUCUUAUUGAAAAUUUUUAAUUCGAUCCUUAAUUCCUUUUAUACUUCAGAAAAAAAAAAUGUCAAAAGAGGAGGACGUUCGUUCAGCAGGAAAAAGGCGCCGUAAUAUUUUGUAUCUUAUUGAAAGAUAUCUUAGAGACAAUGGAUUUUAUGAUACUUGUGAAUGUCUGAAGAACGAGGCUCGACUCCAAAAUGAUUAUGAAAUUUGUGAUAAUGUCGAUUUGGAUUCGAUUUAUUUAGAAUAUGCGAGCUUUUAUCAAGUCAAAUUUGGAAAAAAUCCAAAAAUUCUUAAGAAAUUAUCGCCAAGUGUUAAGAUUCAAGUUAAUAACACAGCGAGAAAAUGUCCUGCUACAAGUAGAAGCAAGAAAGAAGAAUCACCACAGAAAACUGAACCUUUUAAUGAAAGUUUGCAAAUCAAGCAAAUAUCAAGUAGUGCCAGCAAUCACGAAACAACUGUUAAUCCAGUCGAAUUUGGCAUUCAAUUAAAUCCUAGUGAUUUGAUAAUCGAAGGAUGGAAAUAUCUUGAAGAAUGUGUAAAAUUAACAAUUGUUAAUAAAGAUCUUGGUUUUCGAUGGAAAGAUAUAUUCGGAAAUACGAAAGCUGUUGAAACAAUUAAAGAGGCAGUAAUAAUGCCUCUAAAAUACCCUCAACUAUUUUCAGAUAAACUCAAGCCAUGGAAAUCUUUGCUGCUUCAUGGGCCACCAGGUGGAGGAAAAACCUUACUUGCAAGAGUGCUUUGUUCGGAAACUCAAGGUCAGAUAACGUUUUUUAAUGUAACAUCUAGUUGCGUAACAUCGAAAUGGAGAGGGGAGUCCGAAAAAAUUAUUAAGGUCUUAUUUUAUUAUGCCAAAAUGCAUGCCCCUGCUGUGAUAUUUUUAGAUGAAAUUGAUGCUUUAACAUCUGGACGCGAUCGAGCUUCUGAUCAUGAAGCAUCUAAACGUUUUAAAAAUGAAUUUUUACAACUUUUAGAUGGUUUAGAGGAUAAUAAUACUUCCAUAUUUGUAUUAGCAAGUACAAAUAUACCAUGGGACAUUGAUCCAGCAUUUCUUCGGCGAUUUGAAAAGAAAAUUCUUAUAAAUUUACCAUCGAAUGACGCAAGGUAUUCUAUGAUUGAAUAUUACUUGCAAAAUUCAAAAACAUAUACAGUUGAUGUGAUGAAGGAGUUGACAAAAUUAAGUGAGGGUUUUACAGGGGACCAAAUCCGUCUUGCAUGCAAGGAAGCAGCAAUGAAUCAAAUACGUAAUAUCAGCACUCAAAACCCUCAGACAAAACAAAUUACCAUCGAAGAUCUAAGACAAGCUUUUAAAAUAAUAAAACCUAUUGACGAAAAACUCGUCCAAAAGCAUACAACUUGGAAUAAUAUAAAUGGAUCAUAAUUCGUAUGUUUUGAU